AUGGAGGAUUUGACGAGCCGUUUAGAGCGAAUCGGUUUGGCCGAUGCGAAAGUUAAGGAAAUUCUGAAAAACGAAAAAGUCGCUGCAGCGCUCGGCCAGAUCGCCCAAGAGGCGGGCUACUCGUCCGCGGCGCCUACUUUGUUGCACCAUCUUGCCCUGGCGUCUAGAACCGCUACUCCAGAGCAGAUCGCUAACCGCAAACUAGUGAGCGAGGCCAUUGCUAGUGGCAAACUUUUAACCACUAACCAGGUUGAUGCGGCGUGGAAGUACGUUUCAUCCACUCAGGCUCCCAGCGUUGCUGAGUUGGAAAAGGAGAGCGGUGUUGGUGUGGUCGUUACCAAGGAGGACGUUGAGAAGGCGGUGCGUGCGUACAUUCAAGAGAAUAAAACAGAGGUCGAAAAGCAGCGCUACAAGGCCCUGUCCACUGUGCUCAUGGCGGUGAAGAAGUUGCCGAGCAUGAAGUGGGCCAGCCCGGCGUUGUUCAAGCCAGCGAUCGACGCAGAGUUCUUGGCUGUACUAGGCCCUAAGGACGAACGUGAUAACCCCAAGCUCCAGGCAAAACAAGCAAAGGCAAAAGCAUCGAAAGAUGCCAAAGCCCCUGUCGUGUCUGCCGUCAAGCACGAGCAGCCACAUGCGCGCAGCAUCUUCCGCGAGGGCUUCUUGGCUGGUCUCCACCGCCCUGGUGAGAAUGAACAGGCUGAUCCUUGCCUCAUGGAGGCUCAUCUUAAAACAACAGGCGGGAAAGUUGUUACACGAUUCCCUCCUGAGCCAAAUGGUGUUUUACACAUUGGCCAUGCCAAGGCUAUUGCCACUGAUUUUGGCUACGCUAAAUAUCAUGGUGGUGUCUGCUACUUGCGUUUUGACGAUACAAAUCCCGAGACGGAAGAUGCCGAGUUUGCAAAGAGCAUUGAGGAUAUCGUUCAGUGGCUUGGCUUCGCGCCUUACAAGAUCACUUGGUCGUCGGACUAUUUCGACGCUCUUUACGAGCUUGCAGAGAAACUCAUUUCUCGUGGUUUGGCCUAUGUCUGCUUCUGCACACCUGAGCAAGUCAAGCGUCACCGUGGUAUCAACGAAGACGGUACUCGCGGUGGUGAACGUACUCCUUGUGAGUGUCGCUCUGCUUCUCCCGAGCGUACCCUUGAGCUGUUUCGCGAGAUGCGGGACGGUAAGUUCAAAAGGGGCGAGGCGACAUUGCGCAUGAAGCAAGAUUUGUCCAAUCCUAAUCCUCAAAUGUGGGAUCUUGUUGCAUACCGGAUUGUCGAUGCGCCUCACCACCGUACAGGAACCAAAUGGAAGAUUUACCCCACUUAUGACUUUACACACUGUUUGGUGGAUAGCUUCGAGAACAUUUCUCACUCACUGUGCACCUUGGAGUUCCGAUUGUCUCGCGAGUCUUACGAAUGGCUUUGCGAUGCUGUUCAGGUUUACAAGCCUGCUCAGCGAGAGUUCGGGCGGCUGAACUUAACCGGCAGUGUCAUGUCCAAACGCAAACUGCUCAAGCUUGUCGAAGGUGGAUAUGUUCGUGGCUGGGAUGAUCCCCGUCUGUAUACCCUUGUCGCUUUACGCCGGCGGGGUGUUCCUCCUGGUGCUAUUCUUAACUUCAUUUCCGAGCUCGGCGUGACCACAACGACUUCUCAGACCGAAGUAAUCCGUUUCGACAACUCUAUCCGAAAGUACUUGGAAAAUACUGUUCCUCGUUUGAUGCUCAUUCCUGAUCCUAUCAAGGUCGUUCUUGACAAUCUCGAUGACGAUUUUGUGGAGGAAAUUGUCUUGCCUUUCAAACCCGGAACUCCUGAAAUGGGUGAACACAAAGUGCCCUUCUCAAAGGUCGUCUAUAUCGACCGCAGUGACUUCCGUGAGGAGGCGUCCAGCAAUUACUUCCGCUUAGCUAUGGGCCAGUCGGUAGGUCUAUUGCGAGUCCCUUAUACUAUUAAGGCCACAUCUGUUGAGAAAGAUGCCUAUGGGGAGAUCACAGUUGUACAUGCUAUUUAUGAGAAUGACGGAACUGCUAAGAAACCCAAGACGUUUAUUCAGUGGGUUGGCGAAAGCGCCAAACACAACUCACCAAUCAAGGUAGCUGAAGUGCAUGAGUUCAACCAGUUGUUCAAGAGUGAAAAUCCGUCUGCUAACCCCGAUGGCUUCCUUGCCGAUAUCGACCCCAACAGUGAGCAUGUUUGGAAGAAGGCAUUGAUCGAGGUCGGUUUCAACGAGGUUUGCGAAAAGUCACCCUGGAACCCCGCAGACGACUCGGCGUCUAAAGAUGAGAAGAUCAUGUCGGGGCACGAUGUCAAAGGAGCGCCCGAAGCAGUUCGCUUCCAAGCCCUGCGGGUGGGUUACUUCUGUAUGGACAAGGAUUCUCACGAUUCUUCAAUUGUACUGAACCGCAUUGUCACCCUUAAAGAAGACAAAAGCAAAGAGUAG